GUGUCCGUGUGGGAGCAAUAUUCGCAUCCAAGAUGGACUCCGCAAAUGCUGGACAUAUGAUGAGCUUAGCGGCUCUCCAAAGACAAGAUCCAUACAUAAACACGUUGCUUGACGUUACCGGCCAGGUAGCCCUGUACAACUUCAACUCCAAAGCCAACGAAUGGGAGAAGACCGAAAUCGAGGGCACCCUGUUUGUUUAUACGAGGUCCGCUUCCCCUUACCAUGGCUUCACCAUCAUGAACCGACUGAGCACAGAGAACCUGGUCGAGCCAAUCAACAAAGACUUGGAGUUUCAGCUGCAGGAGCCUUUCCUUCUCUACAAGAAUUACAACAUGGGUAUCUACAGUAUUUGGUUCUAUGACAAGAGGGAUUGCCAGCGCAUUUCACAGCUCAUGGUGAAAAUUGUGAAACUAGAGGCUGAACAUGCCCAAAGACAAUCACCAGAGAAGGAGGAGCCCAGGCGGCCCAAUGGUGUGGCCGAAGGACGGCCCAGGGACAUCCUGGAGUUGCUUAGCAAAGCCAAGGAGGAAUACCAGAAGGCUCAGUCCGGGGAUGCUGAAGUAUCUACAGAGCCGAACGCCACGGAAGCUUUCAAUCAUGUGCACAGUUGUCAGCCGCCUGAUAAGAAGACUCACACGAUGGUGAAGCAGAUCACAGUCGAGGAGCUUUUCGGCUCAUCCAUCCCCAAGGACCCUUCUCUGCCUGCCAUGCCGACCCCAAAUCCAGCCGCUGCUUCCAGCGAGCCGUCGGCAACCUACCCCCAGAACCAGACCUAUCCACCUCCAGUCCACCCAAAACCUCUCUGCCCUCCCCACCUUGCUGGCCAGGAUCCCGGGUCAAACCAGGUUCACCAAGGACACAGCCUGCUCCCAACAUCUUAUGCGCUACACCCGAACCCCGCUUUCCAACCAGUGGGCCCGGGGGCCGAGCCCCGAUCUCUUGGCCCGCUCAUACCUCUCAUGGUGCCACCAGCUGGUUCCCAAACUCCAACUGUUCCCGCUGGCUCUGCGGUGGCAUCCGCGGUGGCAUCCGCGGUACCCCGAGCCUAUUUGGAGCAGGAGCUCCUAAGCUCACUGAAACCAUCAGUCCAGUCGCUGAAUGCGGAAAUCCACAAACCCAUCCUAGCGCCCAAUUUCCUGCCGAGCACCCUGGUACCACCUCACAACUUCCAAGAACGUAUGAGGGAACCGGUCCUCCAGCUCACGCAAGAAAUGGAUGUUCUCUCUAAAGCCCCAAACUUGAUCAAACCUCUCGCGGCCGUCCCUAUGAGUCUCGGUCUUGGCAUUUCUGGGUCGGAUUCUUCUGUGCUUCUGUCCCCCAGCGCCUUCCAGCAGUCCCUCGACAAGGCGGCUGCAGCAGUCGUCCCUUCACCCUCCUCCGAACUCCCGACCACCUCUGCGGGGUCUAUGGAAGCCCCACAACCGUCCUGCAACAAAGCUCAGCUCCAAAAGACUCUCAUACACCUUAUUAAGAACGACCCCGCGUUCCUCGGAGCCAUUCAUGACGCGUACCUGCGGAGCCUGGCCAAGGACUUCAGCAACCUGAAGCUAUAAUUAUUCAACCCGCGUACACUAAGGAAGCGUCCGACACAGUGUCAACCCUGAUGCCUGACUCCUUGCACGAUAGGUCACUCUUCAUGAAUUUGGUCGUGAGAACUAGAGGAGGGAACUUUUUUUUUUUCCCCCACCUCAACCUUGCACUGACCAAUUCAUAAGACCCUGAACUUUCAUCAUUGGACUUUGAAAGCUUAUUUCCUGACUAGUUGACCUAUUGGGAGAAAACUAACUAUUAUUUUUCUUAUAUCACCUGUGGAUAUCAUAGAGGAUAUCAUCAUUUUUCUCUUUAAAUGAGUAGCGUUCUUAUGGCUGCUUUUCCCUUUUUGCUCCACCUCUCUCCAGCAAUCAUAGUCAGUCCUUUCGUGAUUGUGCGGAAAGGCACUGGUCGAACUAGAAAAAAAAAAAGUCUACUUUGUAAAACUACUUUUCAGAAGGUAUAUGGAACAAGUUUUUUCCUCCCUCCACUUUCAUUCGCUUUGUGUCCAACCUAGCCUUUACGUUAACCGUUCAUCCUUUUUAAGGAAAAGGUUACAGCAAUGCAAAGUGUCAACACCAAAUAGUAUCAUUGAACAUAACAUGAAAGCAUGUUGUAUAUACCCAAGUAGUAGCACAUGAAGUACAGCUUUUUCUUAAAAAGGAAAAAAAAAUCUUCAUACAAACAAGCCUGAACAGAAAUGGGUGGAGAAUAAAGGAAAUUAAGGAAUUAAUCAUCCUUCCCCAAACAAAAUACAUGUAUGCAAACUCGUGGAUUGUCUUAAAAAUUGUAAAUGUGAAUAGGCAUCACAAAACAGAUGUACAGAUAAUUGACUGAUUUUGUCUGGCAAAUUUACAUACAUACAAUGUACUGUACAUACCAUUUCUAUCAUUUGAUCAAUCAAUGUGCAAAAAAAAA